CGCCUGGGGAAGUUGUCGACACGGUGGUUUACACGCCAGUGACGGUAUGGAUGUUGUCGGCUGAACGCGCGGAUUGUUGAGCUUUACUACCAUGGCUUUGUCGGAACUUUACACGAAGUACAACAGAGUGUGGAUACCGGAUGCAGAGCAUGUCUGGAAAUCAGCAGAGAUCCUGAGCGACUUCAAACCUGGAGAUGAUACUUUACAACUGCAGCUUGAGGAUGGCACUGAGAUGCUUUACCCCCUGGACACAUCCAGUCCUCAGCUCCCUCACCUCCGCAACCCUGAUAUCCUGGUUGGGGAGAAUGACUUGACCGCUCUCAGCUACCUCCAUGAGCCGGCCGUACUGCACAACCUCAAAGUGCGCUUCGUGGAGUCCAAGAUCAUCUACACCUACUGCGGAAUCAUCCUGGUGGCUGUUAAUCCAUACAAGCAGCUUCACGUCUAUGGCGAUGCAGUCAUCCAUGCGUACUCUGGACAGAACAUGGGAGAUAUGGACCCUCACAUAUUCGCUGUGGCAGAGGAGGCUUACAAACUGAUGGCCAGGAACAAUAAGAACCAGUCUAUCAUAGUGAGUGGUGAGUCUGGAGCGGGAAAGACUGUGUCUGCUAGAUACGCCAUGAGGUACUUCGCUAUGGUCAGCAAGUCUGACAGCAACACGCAUGUGGAAGACAAAGUUCUGGCAUCCAACCCAAUAACUGAGGCUAUAGGAAAUGCCAAGACGACCAGGAACGACAACAGCAGUCGCUUUGGGAAGUACACAGAGAUCAGCUUCGACAGGAGAUAUCAGAUCAUCGGGGCCAACAUGAGGACGUAUCUCCUGGAGAAAUCUAGAGUGGUUUCCCAGUCAGAGAGUGAGAGAAACUACCACAUCUUCUACCAGAUGUGUGCCUGUGCAGAUCAGCCUGAGUUCAAGAGCCUGAGACUGUUGAGGGCAGAUGAGUUCCGGUACACCAAUAUGGGUGGGGAGACUGGUAUCGAGGGCGUGGACGACAGGAAGGACAUGGAGGAGACACGCAGGACCUUUUCUCUGUUGGGGUUAACGGAGGACUUCCAGGCUGAUGUGUUCAAGGUGCUGGCUGGGAUUCUACAUCUGGGAAAUGUAGAGAUCAGAAACGUUGGAUCGGACAAAUCAUCAGUUAGUUCCAGUGAUCCCCACAUGGCAGCCUUUUGCGACCUUCUCGGGGUCAGUCCUGACGGUGUUACCCGUUGGCUGUGCCACCGCCGCUUCGUCAUGGUAACAGAGACUGUGGUGAAGCCGGUAACCAGGAAGCGGGCGGUGAAUGCCAGAGAUGCCCUCGCCAAGCAGAUCUAUUCGCAUCUGUUUGACUGUGUCAUCCAUAAGAUCAACGCAGCCCUGCAGGUCCCAGGGAAACAGCACUCCUUCAUAGGAGUACUGGAUAUCUAUGGCUUUGAAACAUUUGACAUCAACAGUUUUGAACAGUUUUGCAUCAACUAUGCCAAUGAGAAACUGCAACAACAGUUCAACUUGCAUGUGUUUAAGCUGGAGCAGGAGGAGUACAUGAAGGAGGAUAUUCCUUGGACUCUGGUAGACUUCUAUGACAACCAGCCGGUCAUUGACCUGAUUGAAGCCAAGAUGGGCAUCCUGGACCUGCUGGAUGAAGAAUGCCUGUUCCCCCAGGGUACAGAUCAGAACUGGCUUCAGAAGCUGUAUAACUACUUGGCUGACAACCCUCUGUUUGAGAAGCCCAGGAUGUCUAACGAGGCCUUCAUCAUACAACACUUUGCUGACAAGGUAGAAUAUCAGUGCUGGGGCUUCCUGGAGAAGAACAGAGACACACUGUAUGAAGAGCUGGUAGACACCAUGAGAACCAGUAAGUUUCCUCUCCUGGCCAACUUCUUCCUGGAGGAGGAGCCAGGCGGCGUGGGCAGUAAAGGCAUUAAAGUGAGGCCCGCCCGGCCUGGGGUGAAACCAGCCAAUAAGAAUCACAGGACCACCGUGGGAGAGAAGUUCCGCAGUUCUCUGUACCUGCUGAUGGAGACUCUGAAUGCCACCACCCCUCACUACGUGCGCUGCAUCAAGCCCAACGAGGAAAAGAUACCAUUCGAGUAUGACUCCAAGCGGGUGGUUCAGCAGCUGAGGGCGUGUGGAGUCCUGGAGACCAUUCACAUCAGCGCUCAGAGCUACCCGUCCAGGUGGACGUACAUAGAGUUCUACAGUCGAUACAGUGUACUGAUGAGCCAACAGGAGCUGCGCCUCGACGACAAGAAACACACCUGCAGGACCGUAUUGCAGAGGCUGAUUCAGGACUCCAACCAGUACAAGUUUGGACGGACCAAGAUCUUCUUCCGAGCGGGUCAGGUGGCGUACCUGGAGAAGCUGCGAUUGGACCGUCUCCGAGGGGCGUGUGUGACCAUCCAGAAGCAUGUGAGGGGGUGGAGCCACAGGAGGAAGUUCCUCCGUAUGAGGGACGCGGCCAUCGUCCUCCAACAGUACGUCCGCGGACAGAGACAGAUACGUAAAUCAGUGACGGCUGCAGCGUUGAAGCAAGGCUGGGCUGCUGUGGUCAUUCAGAGGUACUGGAGAGGUUAUCUGACCAGACAGAUCUACAGGAUGGUCCGUUCCUCCUCUAUCACCAUCCAAGCCUUCACUAGAGGCUGGAUCGCCAGGAAACGCUACAAAAAGAUGGUGGAAGUGCAGAAAGCCCUAAUCUUACAGAAGUAUGCCCGGGCAUGGCUGGCGAGGAGACGCUUCCAGACCCUGCGGCGCCUCGUACACAACGUGCAGCUGUCCUACAGGUGCCAGCAGCUCAGGAAGAAGCUGGAGGAUCAGGGCAAAGAGAACCGCGGGCUGCUGGAGAGGCUGACAAGUCUGGCCGGUGUUCACGCCCAAGGUCUAGACAAGCUGCACAGUCUGGAGGCCCAGCUGGGGAAAUCGGCCACUGAGAAGGCUUCGCUAGAGGAGCGAGAGAAGAAGAGCAAGGAGGACGCCACCAAGACGAUCGCCCAGCUUCAACAGGAAAAAGACAGGUUCAUUGUGGAAAAGCAGGACUUAGAAAAGAAGCUUGCAGACUCAGCAACAGAGAUGAAAGACCGCUUUGAUCAAAUCAAGACAACUCUGAAAGAAGAUCUGGAACGGGAAGAAAGAUUGAGAAAGAUUGCAGAGAACAACCUUGAGCUGCAGAAGGAGGACCAUGAGAAGGAGGUGGAGGUUCUGAGGGAGGAGAACAGGAGGCUGAAGGAGGAGAGAGUCCGCCUGCAGAGACAGUUAGAGGAGGAGGCGCAGGUCAACACUGAACUACAGGACCAGGUCAUACAGCUCACCAAGCACGUCAAGGUUAUACCUGAGUUACGGAAGGAUCUUCAUAACCUCCAAACCCAGAGAGAUGAUCUGGACCGGAGAAUGAAGGAGCAGUCAGAACAAGCCAAAGCUAAGAUGAGUGUGAUUACAAGACAGCUUCUUGGUGGCAUGGUGGAAGAGGAGGUCAUUUCCAGGUUGACCUCCGACGGGCCAGACCAGAUAUAUGAAGUUGGGGAUCUGUUGACUGCUUUCGACGGGCUGCAGAAAGCUACCAGAGUUCUGGAGAACCGCCAGAGGGAACAGAAGGAAGGUUAUGACAGCCAGGUGGAGGGGCUGGCGUUCAAGGUGGAACACCUGCAGAAAGAAAACAGUCAGCUGCAGAAACUGUUCCGGGAGAAAACGUCCGUCAACGACGCCAUUGGUCAGGAGGUGGCCAGGCUCAACCAGGAAAACAUGGUCAUACCUGAGCUCAGGCAGCAGGUGUCAGAGCUACAAAGACAUAAACAGGAAGUGGAAGUCCAACUGGAGGAGCAGGCCAGAGAGAUGACCGAAAAAAUUGAGGAGAUUUCAAAAAAGCUUCAGAUGAAUGUUGAAGAGGAAGGCUCCCAACGCAGGCUGUUGAAACAGCAUGAGGAGGUGGAGAGGGAGAAGGAGGAGGUGGAGAGGAGGGUGGAGGAGCUGGAGGAGGUGAUCAGGAGACAGAAGAACACAGAGAGCGAGGCCAAGACCAGAUUCAGUCAGGAGGCAUCACGACUCACUGCAGAGAACAUGGACUUUGAAGAACAGCUCGACACGAAGGAUAGAUUGAUAAGGAAGCUACAAAAUCAAAUCAAGAGUCUUCAAACAUCCGAGAAAGCCAAUCAAACGCCAGCGCCCACUAUUCCCAAAGAAUACCUUGGAAUGUUGGAGUACAAGAGGGAGGAUGAACCCAAACUCAUUCAAUACAUCAUUCUGGACCUGAAACCCAGGGGGGUAGUGGUCAACAUGAUCCCCGGCAUGGCCGCUCAGCUUCUCUUCAUGUGUGUCCGCCACGCUGACUACCUCAACGACGGAGCCAAGCUCAAGUCUCUCAUGAACGGCAUCAUCAGCGGGGUCAAGAAGGUCAUCACGGAUCACCAAGCAGACUUUGAGUUGCUGUCGUUCUGGCUCUCCAACAUGUACCACAUGCUCAACUGCCUGAAACAGUACAGUGGGGAAGAGGAGUUUAUGAAACAGAACACUCCGCGUCAGAAUAAGAACUGCUUGCAGAACUUUGACUUGUCUGAACACAGGCAGAUCUUCAGUGACCUGGCCAUCCGUAUCUAUCACCAGUUUAUAUCUGUUAUGGAGAAGGCUCUUCUGCCCAUGAUCGUUCCUGGUAUGCUGGAGCAUGAGAGCCUCCAGGGUAUCUCUAGUAUGAAGCCUACCGGUUUCCGUAAGCGUUCCAACAGUAUCUACGAGGACCAGGAGGUCUACACCAUCUCCUCUCUCCUCCAGCAGCUCAGUCUUUACCACAGCACUAUGAGUCAGCACGGCAUGGAGGGGGUGCUGGUCAGACAGGCUGUGAAACAGAUCUUCUUCCUGGUGGGUGCGGCCACACUCAACAACAUCCUGCUACGCAAAGACAUGUGCUCCUGUAGGAAGGGCAUGCAGAUCAGGUGUAACAUCAGUUACCUGGAGGAGUGGCUGAAGGAGAAGGACCUAUUGCAGGGUACCAGUGCCAUGGAAACUCUGAAGCCUCUGUCUCAGGCUGCCUGGCUGCUGCAGGUCAACAAGACCACCGAUGACGACGCCAAGGAAAUCAUAGAACAAUGCUCUGAACUCAACACUGUACAGAUAGUCAAGAUUCUGAACUCUUACACGCCCAUUGAUGAUUUUGAGAAAAGGGUGGCACCGUCGUUUGUCCGCAAAGUUCAGGGGUUGCUCCAGGACCGUGAGGGAGGAUCUUCCCAGCUGAUGCUGGACACCCAGUAUCAUUUCCAGGUUACCUUCCCCUUCACCCCGUCCUCUCAGGCUCUGGAGCUACUCCAGCUACCGUCCAGCCUCAGACUGAGCUUCCUCACCAGGAUCUAACCCCUGACCUCUGACCUCUGGGGGGGAGACGGUAGCCUUGAGUUUAGAGAAGCGGUCCAGUAACCUAAAGGUUGCUGGUUUGAAUCCCAGGGAUGACGAGGAAAAGCUGGCAGGAGUGAGGUGCCAGUGUCUCGGGUGUCACCGACUGCCAUUGAGUCCAAACGGCCACCGACUGCAAUUGUAGCCAAACAGCCUUUUAAAAUGAUUUAGUGUUUUCAUUGACACUUGUAAUAGAGUUUGAUAUAAAUAUUACGCUGACGCCUGAUUUAAUGUGUGACGUAAAUGCAGAUGCUGUUGCAGAGCUAAAGCAUGGUAGUAUAGUGAGAAACCUUACUUCUCAGCUAGAUGAGAUGAGAAAUGCAGUUCUGCAGAAAACAGUUUUAAGUUCAAUAUCAAACUGCUGUUUUUUUUUAAUAUAGUAAAUUCAAAUGUGUCCACUCGAUAUUAUGGAGUAACAUGCACAGUACAUCAUAUAUGCUUUUUGUUUUGUUUUGAAUAUAUAUAUUUUUAAAUCAUACUGUAGAAGUAUCUUGUAUCUUAAAUAAUAUACUGAACAAAAAUAUAAAUGCAACAAUUUCAAAGAUUUUACUGAGUUACAGUUCAUAUAAGGAAAUCAGUCAAUUUAAUAAAUUCAUUAGGCCCUAAUCUAUGGAUUUCACAUGACUGGGCAUACAGAUAUGCACCUGUUUGUCACAAAAGAUAGGGGUUGUCGAUCAGAAAACCAGUCAGUAUCUGGUGUGACCACCAUUUGCCUCAUGCUGCGUGACACAUCU